AAAUCAAUAUCUAGAAUGGCGACGGUGGGAACGAGGUCAACGAGCGAUGGAAAUAAUCAAACUGCUGGCAGGGCAGAAGACAUGUUUGAAAGAUACAGACUGUCCGCUGAUUGGCGUUUAUUGCCGCUGAUUGUCUACUUUCCUGUCGGUGUCGUUCUUUUGGUUCUCCGUUUGUUUCUUUCUAUGCAGCUAUUUAUUAUUGCCACUAUUCUUCCUAAGUCGUCACGAAUCAGAAGGCUAGCACUUCGGGGAUCAUCUUUUGUCUUGGGGUUGUUUGUUACCGUUGAAGGACAAGAGAAACGGAAUGAUAAUUGCAAUGUUGUAGUAUGUAAUCAUGUGUCAGUAAUGGAUCACUGUGCUCUUGAAACAGUAUUACCAGCAUAUCAGGCAACACAGCUCAGUCAACAGACCACAGUCAGCUGGUUUUGGUCAGGAAAGACGUUUGGUGUCUCAGACAGGCAUGAAGAUGUGCUAGAUCGAGUAACAGAGUACUGUCAGACAGAAGGGUCAACGCCUCUUCUCUUCUUUCCUGAGUCAACUAUUACCAAUGGGAGGGUUGGCAUUCUGAAGUUUUCUUGUCAAGCCUUCAAAAUUGGUGUCCCUAUUCAACCAGUUUCUGUAAUGAUACACAAGCCAUCGUUUCUUCCUAUUGCUGUGUCUACAGUUGAUUCAUCUCGUCUUGCUGAUUUUCUCUGGGGUCUUUUCUCACCUGUCUCAGUUUAUCAUAUCAAAAUAUUACCUGUUAUUGAGCCAGUAAGUGGUGACAUUCCUGAAAACUUUGCUGAGAAGACACAAAUAGUAAUAGCAGACUCUGUCCAACUCAAGGCAACUCAAUUUCAGCUACGGGACAAGUUGGACAUUAUAUCCCAAGUGCACGGCUUGUUAAGCACAAGAAGUGAUUCAAGACUAGUAGGAAUGGUCAAACAAGUGAAAGAAGUUCUACCCCAUGUUCCAAAUGAUGUCAUUCAGAGGGACCUCCAGAGAACUCGAUGCGUUGAUACAACCAUUUCAAAUAUAGUUGAAGGAACCAUUCAGUUUAGUCCUGAAGCUGUUCCUUCAUCUGCCCAGUCUCGCCUUCCUUCUUCACCAGUAAAAGCUAUUGCAUCGGACAGAAAAAAGCUGGGGUCUUUACAACCAAAACCUGCACCUUAUCGUCCGCUUUCACUAAAGGAGAGGAAGAAGGCUUUUAUUGAAGAUGCACGCCGGCGUUAUUUGGAGAAGCACGGAGCAUCACAAGACAGAUAGCAUACAAAUAAUGUAUGAAUUUUACUUGUGAGUGACUAGUAGUACAGUAUUCGUUGUGGCUCUAUUCCAUUAUCAUUUACUAGAAUAAGAAAGACGUUAUCAAACAUC